UGCGGGUAAAGUUUAUAAAAUGCAAUGGAACAAAAUCAUAACAUAACAUUUAGUGCGAUUACGUUAGUUGACACUUCGAGACCCAAUCUGCUUUGAUUUCUUUUGAGUUUUUCUCUUUUAUACAGCAUAACUUACUUCUUAGAAGAAGAAUUUUUGUCAACGAAGGACUGUGAUAAAAAUGGCAAGCAACAACUCCAGUCGUCAAAGAAAAGGCAUGUGGCAAAAAUUAAAAGAAAAAAGAGCUAUUGAACAAGAACAUGAAAGUAAUUUUAAAGCUGGAAGAAUUCCUAUUCACGAACGUCAUUUACAUCGGACUGGAAUCCGUGGACGAAAGAGAUACAUAUAUUAUGCCUUUUUUUACUUACUUGCCAUCAUCUGUUUUGUUAAUCUUGUGAUGCUAUGUAUCAUGCUUAGUGUUUUACGCAUUGAUAAAUCUGGCAUGGAGUCUUUAUCUUUGUUUAAAUCUGGCCUUGUGAGGUGGAUGUUUGGUGGAAACUUAAGAAAAGUUGUGUUAAAAACUGGUGAAAUUGGAGCAUUUAAAAAUAAAGACUUAUAUAUCCAAGGGAAUAAUGCAACUUUGAAAAUGGGUCAUGUCGGAGUUGAAGAUGAUGGCAGUUUUGUGCAAGUUGGAAUUGAUCAAACAUUAUUGCAAGCGAAAGGCGGAGUCCGGAUUGUAUCAACAGAUAUCAAUAAAACCAUACUUCAUAUAGCAGAACAUGAAGUAGUUUGGGAUGUUCCUGCGAAAGUGAAGGACCUUGAUACAAAAUAUGUUGUUUCACACAGGAUAACUAGUGAUGAUGGAAAAGAUUUGAAAAUAAGGUCAAAUGGAAACAUAACAAUUCGGGGAAAUGAAAAUGUAUUUAUUGAUUCAAAAAGAUUGAAUGCAAUGGCAAAGGAAAGGAUUUAUUUUUCUGUUGGAAAGAAGGAUGAGAUGUCAUUCAAAGCAAGGAAUUACACAAUGAAAAAUGUACCUUCUCCUGAGGCUCCUGAUGUCAAUACUCUGGAUAGUUAUCGAUUAUGCUUUUGUACAAAUAUUCACAAAUUGUUCAAAAUAACCAGUAAAGAUGGACUUCUCUGUCAUAAUGCUGAAAAUGCUGCAUGUUCAAUGUAACAGGUUCAUAAUGCUGAAAAUGCUGCAUGUUCAAUGUAACAGGUUAUGGCAAUAUGAACUACUUCAAACUUUUAUCUUUUAUACUUGAUAAGUUAGUUUUAUAAGUUAGUUUAAUGUUAUCGUGUGUAGUAUAUUUUAACAUUUUAACAUACAAUUGUUUUCAACAGUCAUGUUUGUAACUUUGAAUAACUUGGGUACAAUUGUUGAUACUUUCCAAUUACACAUGUAGGAGAGAAAAA